CUGCGUCGUCAGACAAUGAAAUAGAAAGCAAACUUGAGGAGGAAAUAAAAUACAAAUCUCCCCUGCGAGCCAUACAGUCGUCCCCUGCACAUGAUCAACACUUCUGACCUGAUUCGUCGAGUUUCUUAUUUGUCCUGAACUUCUAAAAAGAGUCCUGCAGUCAUGUCAAAGACUUCAGCGCUGAAGAUCAGCCCACAGAAUGCAGGGAAGGUGGAUCACUUCAGGCAGACCCUGUAUCAGCAGGCAGAGAAUCUGUUCGCCAACUACAUCCCCAAUAAGAUUGCACAGCUGGAUGCUCUGCUGAAGGAUGCUACCCUCAGUGUCACGGACAUGUCCUCGCUGAAGGUUCCCCUGGACAUCCCCAUACCAGACCCUCCAUCCACAGACGAUGAGGGAAUGGAGACGGAUAAGAAUGAAGAUGAUGAGAAGAAAAAGAAGAAGGCUCCAAAAUGUGGCUACAUCACGGGGAAUGAGAAGAUUAUGGCUCUUCUAGAGAAGGUGAAGCCGGAGAUCGUUGCUCUCAGAGAGACCAUCAUCACUGUCUCCUGCUGGAUUCAGCACCUCAUCCCAAAAAUAGAAGAUGGAAAUGACUUCGGGGUCGCCAUCCAGGAGAAAAUCUUGGAGAGAAUCGGUGCAGUGAGGACCAAAGUUGAAACUUUUCAGACCAACAUCAACAAGUACUUCUUAGAGAGGGGAGAUGCUGUUGGAAAAGCUUCCAAAGAGACUCAUGUGAUGGACUACCGCUCGCUGGUCCACGAGAAGGACGAGUCCAUCUACAGUGAGAUCAGAGUCAUUGUUCUCGACAUUCGCGGCUUCCACGCCGAGCUUUACGACAUCAUCAACAAGAAUCUGGAAAAGGUGACCAAUCCAAAAGGAGAGGAGAAACCUUCCAUGUACUGAAGCUGGAGGGCAGGGACAGAUUCUAUUCAAUAUCAUUCAGCUCUCUCCGCUCAGUAAUGCUGCAUGUGCGUUACUCAAUUCUGCUUAUUCUCUUCAAAAAUAACUGAAUGAAAGUUAUUAAUCUCUGCUGUUGUAAGGUGACACUUUGGUUUUGUACAGACACUUACACUAAAUUUAAGUUGUACAACUCUGAGUUUUAAAAACAAGAAUAAAGAACUGUGAUUCUCAUUUAAAAGGAAAAA